AUGAAAAAAACGACCGAAGAAGACGAAUACUGCCUUAAGUUAUAUGAAGACACAACACGCCGAGACAAUUCAGGAAGAUUUGUCGUGCGUUUGCCGUUAAUUGAAGAAAAAGAUUUGGGAGAUUCAUAUAAAAGAGCCAUGGCGAGGUUUAUAAACUUGGAAAAAAGAUUAGAAAAUAAUGCGGAAUUAAAGUCAGAGUACGAGAAAACAAUGAACGAGCUCAUAUCCAUGGGCCAAAUGGUAAAGGUGGAUCCAAGUAAGAAGGCUUUGUAUUAUAUGCCGCACCAAGCAGUGGUACGUGAAACAAGUCUAACCACAAAAGUUAGAGUGGUAUUUGAUGCUUCAUCGACAACUUCAAAUGGGAAGUCGCUGAAUGACAUACUUCACGUGGGACCAAGGCUUCAAAAAGAUAUAUUUGACAUUGUAACAAAGUGGAGAUCGUGGAAGUUUGUCAUCUCAGCUGAUGUGGAGAAAAUGUUUCGUCAGAUUAAAGUUGAAAAAGAAGACCAGGAAUACCAACAUGUGUUGUGGAGGAGUAAUCCGUCGGAGCCUAUCCAACAAUAUAAACUUACUACGGUAACAUAUGGCACUGCAUCAGCACCAUUUCUGGCUGUAAGAUCGCUCAUAGAAAUUGGAAAUAGGUGCCAGAAUCAAGAAAUCGCUCAGAGGAUCAAAGAAGAUUUCUACAUGGACGACCUUUUAACAGGAGCGAAUACAAAACAAGAAUGCAGGGAGGUGCAGAAGAAGAUAACGCUGCAACUGGAGGAUUAUGGGUUUCAUUUAAGAAAAUGGAUAUCAAACUCUCCUGAAGUAUUGAGUGCGGUGAAAUUGAAUGAAGAAAAUGAAGUGCUGAGAAUAGAAGAAGAUGAAUGCUUGAAAACAUUGGGAUUACAAUGGAAUCCACAGAUCGAUUGCUUUACAUUUAGUAUGCAAAUUAAAAAAGAAGACAAGUUGACAAAACGAAUAGCAUUGUCAAGACUGGCACAAAUAUUCGAUCCAUUAGGUUGGCUGACGCCAGUCACGGUAACAGCAAAACUAUUUAUACAGCAGUUAUGGAUACAACAAAUAGAAUGGGAUGUGCCAUUGGAGGAGAAAUUGAGUGGAGAUUGGCGGCAGUUUACAUACAGUCUGCCUGCUUUAGAAAAUUUAAGGAUUCCAAGAUGGUUUGGAAUAUUGGAAGACAAAACUGCACAGUUACAUGGGUUUGCAGAUGCUUCCGAGAAGGCUUAUGCAGCAGUCGUAUACCUUAAGGUAAAUUCGCAGGUGACCAUAGUGGCUGCAAAAAGUAAGGUAAAUCCAGUAAAAAAUAGGAAGACGCUUCCAAAGCUGGAACUUUGUGCAACACAUCUAUUGGCUAAACUACUACAGAAGAUCAAAGGAGUAUUGAAGUCAGCAACACCAACUUUUGCUUGGAGUGAUUCCAUGAUUUCCUUGGCAUGGAUUCACAACUCCAAAAACAAGGAUAAGUUCAUAAAAACAAGGGUGAUGGAUAUUUUGGAGAGAAUACCCGAAGCGAAAUGGGGCUACGUCAAGUCAAAGGAGAAUCCAGCAGAUAUGGGUUCAAGGGGUGUCCCACCGGAGACUUUGACAAACAAUACAUUGUGGUGGGAAGGCCCCGAAUGGCUGAAAAAAGAUGAACAAGAUUGGCCAAAAAGCAACAUAAAUCAAACAGUAGCAACAACAGUAAAGUUUUCGACUGAAAACCACUUAUAUGAAAGUAUGAUGAAGUAUUCGUCAUUUAAGAAACAGAUACGUGAAAUGGCUUAUCUACUGCGUUUUAUAAAAGGGCUAAAAAAGAAGCGAGCAGUAAAUGAGCAUUUGACGGCAAAAGAGUUGGAAGAAGCAGAGAUGGAGAUAAUAAAACUACAUCAAGAAAGAGAAUGGCCAGUGGAACUAAGGAAAUUGAAGACAUUGGGAACGGUGGAUCAUCAAAGUAAAAUAGCUUCACUACAUCCACAGUUGGAUCGAAAUGGCAUAAUGCGGGUUGGUGGAAGACUUGCUUUGUCAGAGCUGAACUAUAACCAAAAGCAUCCAAUAAUUAUUCAAAAGUCAAGAUUAGCGGGAAAUAUCAUUCGAAAUUGUCAUAUUCAAACGAUGCAUGGAGGAAAUCGACUUAUGGAAAAUAUACUAAGACGAAAAUAUUGGAUUAUUGGAGCUAAAAAUAGGAUAAAACUUUGCAUUAGGUGUUGUCCAAGAUGUACGCGCUUUAGAGGUGAAGUGCGAAAUCAAUUGAUGGGAAAUUUACCAGCUUACCGUGUCAGUAUAAAUCAACCCUUUCAACACUGUGGCAUUGAUUAUGCGGGUCCGCUACAAAUACGGUGCUCCAAAACAAGAGGAGUGAAGGCUAUGAAGGGUUACGUAGCGGUGUUCGUAUGCAUGGUAACUAAGGCGGUUCAUUUGGAAGCUGUCAGCGGACUUACAACGGAAGCAUUUCUGGCGGCGCUAAGGCGAUUUUUCGCGAGAAGAGGAAAAUCAACCGACUUAUAUUCAGACAACGGAACGAACUUCGUAGGGGCAGCAAGGCAGCUUGACAGAGACUUUUUGGAUGCCGUUAAAAACAACACGAAGUUAGCUCCCAUUUUGGAAAAUGAAAAAAUAAGUUGGCAUUUCAUUCCGCCGGCAGCUCCUCACGUUGGAGGAAUUUGGGAAGCAGCAGUGAAGUCCAUGAAAUAUCACCUAAAAAGAAUAAUUGGUGAUACGAAAUUGACUUACGAGGAGUUGAGUACGGUGCUAUCUCAGAUUGAAGCAGUAUUAAAUUCGAGGCCGCUACAUGAACUUGGAAGCGGUACAGAAUAUAUUGACACUUUAACACCUGGACAUUUCUUAAUUGGGCGUCCGAUGUUAGAAUCACCGGCGACUAUCGAUGAAGGUAACUUAGGAUGUCUUAAUAGAUGGAAACUGCUACAACGAAUUAAAAGUCAUUUUUGGAGCAGAUGGAAAGAGGAGUAUCUAACCACAUUACAAAACCGAAUGAAAUGGAAGAAACAAAAUAAUAAUGUGGAAAUAGGCAAUGUGGUGAUAUUGAAAAACGAAGAAACGCACGCGGCGCGAUGGCCACUGGCCAAGGUGGUAGAAGUCCAUCCAGGGAAGGACGGAGUUGUAAGGAUUGUGACAGUUAAAACACAAGACGGCGUGAUAAAGAGGCCAAUUAACAAAUUAUGUCCAUUGGAGCAUAUGGACGAGGAAUCUGAAGAAUUGCCCAGACAGGAAAAACAGGCGGAAAUUACACAUACUAAUAUGACAAGAUGUGAGCGAAAAAUAAGGAAACAACCAAUAACGUGGGCAAUGAUGCUGAACUUAUUUUUACUAAUAUCUACCAAGGCAUCAUCUGUACAUGAACUGAAUAGUUCGGCUGCGGUAUAUUUGGAUCCCAUGUCUCAAAUUCACAUGGUUUCCUCAUCAUGGAAUAUGGUUGUGUACUUUGAGCUGAAACCAUAUUUAGAAACAUUAGACCUGGCUUCCGAAUUGCUGAAAACAUCAAAAAGCUUAUGCCCACGACUUCAAACUUUUGAGGAGCAGUGUUGGUCCACGAUUAACAAUAUGGAACUCAAGAUUAAUAAGAUAAAGACCAACAAUCGAUUAUUCCUCAGAGAAGACAAUCGUCAAAAAAGAGGAGCUCCGUUGAAAUUUGUAGGUUCGUUUCAACACUGGGCAUUUGGGGUAAUGGACGAUGACGAUCGAGUAGCUAUGGAGAGCAAUAUGAAAAAUCUAUUAGCCAACCAAAAGGAUUUGAAGAAGUUAGCAAAACAACAGACAUCUGUAGUCGACGCUACAGUAAAUCUUUUAAGGAAAACCACAGAGGAAGUGAAUUCGCACUUUUCGGAUAUCAAAGGCAAAAUUGAGAACAUAAGUGCUACAAUGAAUGAGAAUUACUUCGUGUAUAGAGAAUCCAUACGAUUCUUUAUAAUAGCAAAACAAAUUCAUGAGCUUUUGGAAGAAUGUGACGAAGUCCAAAAAGAAGUUGUUGAUGCAUUAAUUGAUGUAAACAGCGGUAAGUUUCAUCCCGUCCUGAUAACACCCAAACAAUUACAAGCAGAGAUAGUAAAAAUACGAGAUGCUCUGCCUGAAAAAUAUGUACUGCCAGGAAAGCGUACGGGAAUGGAAUUAAAAGAGAUCUUACAUUUGAUGACGUGCCACGGAUCGUUUGUGGGGUCCCAACUGGUAAUUAAUAUAAAAAUACCGCUGUUCAAUCGGCAGUCAUCCCAGUUUUACAAAGUAAUUCCGAUACCAUUUGAAGAAGGAAAUACGAUAUUGAUAGCCCGGGUGAAUUCCCCGUACAUUGUAUAUAAUUUUGAGCUGGAUUCUUUUCAUUUCUUAACACAGCCUAUGCUGAAUGAGUGCAAAGAGACGUUGGGUAAGGAGAUAAUGUGCGAAGAGAAUUUUCCAUGGAGAGAUGCAACUACAAAUAAUUGUGAAUUAUCUCCUCUGAGACCGCACAUAAAACUAAACUGCGCCUAUGACGAAGUGGAACGAAUGCCUUAUUGGAUGCCAUUGAAACGAAAUGGCAAUUGGCUUUUUAAAACCUUUUCAAGUGCAACAGCUCAUUUGCAAUGCUCUCACAAACAACAGACGAUUAUGGAACUUCCAAAGCAAGGAAUUCUCACGCUGGAUGCAGACUGUACAGCGAGGAUCGGUAAAGAUGUAAGUCCGGACGAAAAAGAAUCAAUCAAACCCCUUGGAAAUAUACUUAUCAAUCAUCAUCAAGAAAUUGACGAGCUAAAGAAAUUCGUGGACAAGUUAAAGAAAGAAAAUGUGGAAUUGCGAGGCUUGAAGUUCCAUCACAUCUCAUCACACGUAGCUUUUAUUUUAGUAAUUAUAGUAAUAAUAAUUCUAAUUAUUUUAUUUAUAAGAAGACAGAAAAAAUUAAAACGCAUAACCGAAAUUCAAUUUCCCCGAGGCCAGGAUGUCUAAAUAAAUUAUUUGCCGCCCGGGAAAAUGUUCAUAAAACUAUGAACAUGAAAGACUGCUGCAAUAAAUUAGAUCGUUAAGUGAUUUAGGCUAUAAAAUGUUUAUGUAUUUUUAACCCAACAUUCUAGAGUACUUGUAAAUGUGUGUGCAUGAAAGAUAAGAGCAUAAGG